UAUUUUCUAUAUUUUAAUAUUUUGUAUUUGCAGGUGAGUCCUGUAUUAUUAUUGAGAGGUGCUGCUACAGAAACGAUUGCGAAGUCUGCGAGUCCAUUGUGAAGUUUAUAAAGAUUACGCAUUGAGGGGAUGCCGGUUGAUUGAAGAUGGCCUCGCCGACACUUUCGCUGGAAUCGCGCGCGAAUUCCAUCGGAUCCCUGGCCUCGCUGUCCCCACUUACAGUGAGCGGCAGUUCUCCGCCUGCGAGCGACUCGGCGAUUUGCGACGUCGACAGCUGCGACCUUUGCCUCGACUCGCAAAAACCUGGAGAGGCACCUUGCCCGCGGUGCCGAUUAGGAGGCGCCGGUGGAGUUCGUUGUACCGGGUGCAAAUCCACUGAAUCCGACGCUGUAGCUCGUUGCUUCGACUGUGCGAAUUUCCUUUGUCCUAAUUGCGUGAUGGCGCAUCAGUUCAUGCACUGCUUCGAAGGCCAUCGUGUCCUCAACUUGGGUGAUUCGAAACUCGAGACGGUUACCACCAGCACCGCGAAUAACGAAAUCCCAAAAAACAAUUUGGUGAUCAACAGCGGUAGCAGCAACGGCGAGAAAGUACCUUAUUGUCCUCGGCAUAAACAGGAAUUACUAAAAUAUUUUUGUCGCACUUGUACAGCAUUAGUUUGUAAAGAGUGCGCUAUUACCGAUCAUCCUGGCCCAUUACACGAUUGCGCGCACAUAUCUGAGGUAGGGACGCAACAACUCGAAGCAAUGGCAAGAGUAGUUCAAGAAUGUAGAGCAAAAGCCGCGGAUGUAAGAGCCGCUGUGAAAGCAGCCGAUCACGGAGCGGCACGGCUACAAGUGCAGUAUCACAAAGCGCAAAAUGAAAUCAACGACACUUUUCAAUUCUAUCGAUCGAUGCUCGAAGAACGUAAGCAAGAAUUGUUGAAAGAGCUCGAAUCGGUAUUUUCCACGAAACAAAUGUCUCUUGGUGUUCUAACGCAAAAGGCCAACGACAUGGCUGAUAAAAUGCUUCAAACUUGCGAAUUUGUCGAACGAUUAACUAAAUAUACUACUGUUACGGAAGUACUGAUGGUAAAGAAGCUUCUCGACUCGAAACUUCAAUUAUUAUUGAAUUAUACGCCGGACAUUGCCAGUCAAACCGCCGAUCUCGAAUUUGUCAGUAAUUACCAGGCGAUUCAAGUAGGCGUACGAAACACAUUCGGUUACGUUCGAAGCAAUAAUGAGAGUAAUGCCGGCUCGAUUGGGAAACAACCACCUAUCGCUCGACCAACGGCACUCUCGAAUAAUAGUAAUGGUGGAAGCAAUACCAACAAUGGACCCAGUAGCGCUGGAUCUUUGGGAGGUCUUCUAUUAGAUCGCCCUUAUAGCAAUGGUCUAAUAUCCUCUACUUCUACUUGCGCCUCGUCCACAUCGCCAUCAUCCUUCGAUACUAACAAUACUGUCAUCACUAAGCGUUUCAGUUCGGCUAAUAGCCUAGGCCCAUUCUCAACCACGAUCAGCGAUCUUAAUUUAAACGGUAUAAACGCGAAUCCUUAUGAAAAAUGGAGCAACGGAGGUAGCGAUGUUUAUCCAGUUGUCACUACGAACGAUCAUUUUCCAAUGCCAACGUCCGUUGCCGUUGCGGCAAAUGCCGCGUCUAGUGACUCUGUUCUUGAUCUUACCUCGAAACUGAUGUCCGCUACAGUGAUAUUUCCGCCAAAGUCACAGAUUAAACGACAGAAAAUGAUUUAUCACUGCAAAUUUGGCGAGUUCGGUGUUAUGGAAGGUCAGUUUACCGAACCUUCAGGGGUGGCAGUGAACGCGCAAAAUGACAUUAUCGUAGCCGACACGAAUAAUCAUCGGAUUCAAAUAUUCGAUAAAGAGGGUAGAUUCAAAUUUCAAUUUGGGGAGUGUGGUAAACGAGACGGUCAAUUGCUUUAUCCGAAUCGUGUGGCAGUAGUGAAAACAUCGGGCGAUAUAAUCGUUACUGAACGUUCACCGACUCAUCAAAUACAAAUAUAUAACCAGUAUGGUCAAUUCGUGCGUAAAUUUGGGGCAAAUAUAUUGCAACAUCCGCGUGGUGUUACGGUUGACUCGAAAGGGCGCAUAGUCGUUGUCGAAUGCAAAGUGAUGCGCGUGAUUAUUUUCGACCAGGCCGGCAUCGUUCUUCAGAAAUUUGGAUGCUCAAAACACUUAGAAUUUCCGAACGGAGUAGUCGUGAACGACAAACAAGAGAUCUUCAUUAGCGACAAUCGCGCCCAUUGUGUGAAGGUGUUCAAUUACGAGGGCGCCUAUCUUCGACAAAUCGGUGGAGAAGGGAUCACCAAUUACCCUAUCGGGGUAGGGAUCAACGCUGUAGGCGAAAUACUGAUAGCAGACAAUCAUAAUAAUUUCAAUCUGACGAUCUUCACGCAAGAUGGUCAACUGGUUUCAGCCCUUGAAAGCAAGGUCAAGCAUGCCCAAUGUUUCGAUGUCGCAUUAAUGGACGAUGGAUCGGUCGUACUGGCCAGCAAGGAUUAUCGACUCUACAUAUAUCGUUACGUACAAGUACCGCCAAUCGGCAUGUAGAGCAUCGAAAAAUCACGACGCCAACAACGAUCUAACGUUAUUUUCGUCGUUGUCGUCAUCUUUGUCGGUAUUGUUUCGACGGCCAUGAAAUCAAGAUCUCAUCGAUCUUUUUUUUACUUAUACUUGCCUAUCUUCUUCACCUACUUACCAUCAUCGCUCGUACUCACUUUACCUAUCCAUCUUCGCCCGCUCGAGCCACUUCACUUCCGUUUUACGAAACGAAACAAAAUGCAGCGCGUAUGCAAGCGAAAUUGCGUUGAUUCGACAGCUGUCGAAAUUCAAGAUGACAAGCCUUAUUUAUACGAACACGUGCGCAUACGCCAACUAAACGGAACGGAUUCUUUCCGCCAGUAGAAAUCUCCCGUCGCAAUCGUUCGAGAAUUCGUUUCCGCAUAGCAGAAAGUUAUACUUUCGUAUAUAUGCGUGCCGCGAAUUUUUCACUUUCGUGUGAAUGAACGUUAAGCACGUCUUUCCGAAAAUUAUGAACGAGAAAAAAAGAAAGACAAGAUACAGAGAAUAAAUGGAAGGAAAAUUAAACGAAGAAAAAACGAAGAAAAAUGGCUAUUCGAUGCUCGACACGCACGUAUACGAAUCAUUCUCCAAACUGUGUACGCGCACAUAUGAAAUGUUCGUACAAAAAAGAUAAACGCAGGCGAAUUCGGGACGUCCAUUUUGUUUGCGUGCAUUAUGUAUACGCGCACGCGUGAAAAAUGGAAAUUCAUACGAAACGUGUAAGCGCAUACAUGUGAAGAAUUUACUUGUUAAUGUUGUUAUAACUGAAAAUACUGUUAUUGUUGUUUAGUUGUAGAGCUCGCCGCCGCUAGUCACUCCAUUCUCACCUUCCUCAUCCAGAUUUUUUUUUCCUUUCAACCGAUAUUUAUCCUCUACAUUAUAUCUUCUUUUUCCAUGAAAAUUGAUUUCCAAUCAAAAUCCUCUCCCUUCUAGUUCAUUCCCUUCUCGAUCAAAAACUACGAGAAGCAUUUAUUUCUCAUUAUCUCAGAUAUCACGUUUCUGCACGUAUUUUUUCUAGGUCGUGCAAACGAACGUGCUACCCGUCCGGUUUUGACACGAUUAUUUUUUUAACUAUCGACUCUUUGGGUUUAAUUUUGGAUUUAAACUUGUCUUAAUCGCGUUUAAUAAGAGCUAUCAUUGAACAAUUAUACAUUUUACUAUGACCCAAAGCGAAAUAAUUUUGCUAUCGACGUCAUCGAUUCGUAGAGAUCGAUACGUGGCGAGAGCUUGUUUCGUUGCUCUCUCUUCUCCUCUCAUGUGCGUACGUAAUUGAAAAAUAACGUAAAGUAUUCAAUCGAUAUUCUACACGUUUGCAUUGCCUUGAAUUAUUACAUAAA